UUCAGUAGUAUAUGCUCUUUUAAGAACGUCCCUGAUGAUAUGUCCUGAGACUACCUGCACCUUAGAUGUGUGUAUGCACGAAGCUAAACUUACUUGCCUAGAAUCAACCGAAUUUUAUAACUAAUGUUCAAAAAUGUUGCAUUUCAAAUUUCAAAUUUUUAAACCUACUUCACUUGUCAUCCGCCACAUGGCAACUGUGAAGAGGUUUUACAGAAAAACCAAUAUUCUAUCCAGCGGUGAUCAGUUUGAAGUGACUCUAGAUCAGAGGAAACUAAAAACUCCAAAAGGAAAGGUGUUUGAAGUCAACAAUAAACCUUUGGCUCUAGCUGUAGCCAUGGAAUGGGAUAGCCAAGUCGAUAUAAUUGACAGGUCUAACAUGCAUUUGACUGCUUUGGUCAGCACAUCUCUGGAUAAUCCACAUAAUCAUACUAAAUUGGAUAUGGUCAACUAUAUAGUUAAUUAUUUGGAGACAGAUACCGUACUCUUUCAAACUAAUGAUUCUGGAGAUCUGUACAAUUUGCAAUUAAAGAAAUGGGACCCUGUGAUUCAAUGGUUUUGUGAUCGUUAUCAAGUUGACGUCACCAAAACAUUAAGUAUAAAAGCACCACUUGUAUCUCCACAAACAAAAGAAACAUUGGCCAGGCACUUGUUAUCUUACAGUUUUAAUGCAGUGCAAGGAUACACAUAUGCUGUUGAUACAUUGAAAUCUGUUAUUUUGGCACUGGCCACAGCUGAGAGAAUUGUAUCAGUUGAAACAGCAGUUUCUUUGGCUCGUUUGGAAGAGGAAUAUCAGGUUUCGUUUUGGGGGAGUGUCGAGUGGUCACAUGAGCUUAACAAACACGAUUUACAAUCGCGAUUGUCAGCUGCAAUGUUAUUCGUUCACUUGAAUUCAUCUUGGACCACAUCCAAACCAAAAAAUGAGUUGAACAAUUUGUGAACAGACAAAAAUUAGAAAUCUACUUAAAACAAAAAUUGCUAUAUAAGAAUAACAUGUAUGAGUGUAUAUAUAAUAUAAUUGAAUACGGGGUUUAGUAUUUAUUACUAAUUGUUUAUUAUCAUUUAGUUUGUAUUAAUUGUCAGGCUAUAAAUCUCUGUCUAGUUUCAUAUUUUGGCAGGGUUACGGCAAUGUCUAGACUGAUAUUGGUUUAGAACAGUCUGGUCCUUCCCAAUCCUUUGUGCAGACGCAACUGUAAAUAAAAAUUUUGCAAUGUAACUAUUAUACGUGUGAUGUAUCAAAUCAAGAAAACACUUGUCAGAAUUCAA